AUGUCCCUCAUCAACCGCCCCUUCCGCGGUUUCAGCGGCGUGUACACAAUGCCUCUACCUCCGCUACCUUCACCUUCGAGCACCAGCACCAGUCUCGACUCCCAAAGGUCCACCUCCACAGUCGCGUCCACCGACGCUCCCAAACCAAAACGCAGUCUGUUCCACCGCUCAAAGUCACGCGCAAGCCUAGAAGCAGCACCUGCAGCUGAGAUGGACCGCCCCGCACCACCCUCGCGGGCGCACACGGCUGGCCUUCCCGCGGCCACAACCGCCCCACCGCGGUCCAAGUUGGCGAGCCUGCUGCGCCGUCACCGCACUGAGCAGGCCCCGAGCCCAGAGGAGCUGGAGAGGGAGCUGGAGCAGUUGUAUGUGAACGUGUAUACGAAGGCAGAACGACGGGCCUUGUUCAGGGAGUGGAAGGCGCGGGAAGAGGAGAGAGACAGAUGGGAGGUGGAGAAAUUUGAGGAUGGGGAGGAGUGGGAGCGGUGA